CAGCCAGAAAGUAAGAUAGCCUUGAAUAAAGCUAUAAAAGGGUUAUGUUGACAAGAUCAUACAUGACGAUGACACUCAACACUAUCCAGUGUUAACAUUAAUUUGUAGGUAUCAUAAAAUUGAGUAAGCAUUCUUCGAACUUUGUCUUUUUGUGUAGUAUGUGAUUUUGUGAGUCAGAAAGUUGUGAAUUUAGUUAACACGAUGGCCCAUGAUUCAUCCAGACCUGAGCUCUACGAGGAAGUCAAAUUGUUCAGGAACGCUAGGGAAAGAGAGAAGUAUGACAAUAUGGCAGAUUUGUUUGCUGUCAUAAAUACACUGCAGCAUUUAGAAAAAGCUUACAUAAGAGACUGCGUCACCGCCAAAGAGUACACAGCCGCCUGCUCUAAAUUGCUUGUACAGUACAAAGCAGCGUUCAAACAAGUGCAGAACGAUGAUUUUCCAACUAUCGAGGCUUUUAUUGCUAAGUACAGAUUGGAUUGUCCAGCAGCAAUGGAAAGGAUAAAAGAAGAUAGGCCGAUAACAAUAAAAGACGAUAAAGGAAACACAAGCAAAUGCAUUGCCGAUAUUGUUUCUUUAUUUAUCACUAUAAUGGACAAACUGAGGCUUGAAAUAAAAGCAAUGGACGAACUUCAUCCAGACUUGAAGGACUUGUUGGACACGAUGAACCGGCUGAGUAUUCUUCCGUCAGAAUUUGAGGGCAAGAAAAAAGUCAACGAAUGGCUCACGACGCUGGAUUCGAUGCAAGCGUCAGAUGAACUCACAGAACAGCAAGUCCGUCAGCUGAUUUUUGAUCUUGAAUCGUCUUAUAACGCCUUUAAUAAACUACUGCACAACACCUAAGAUGAGUGAUGUUUUAUUUAACCACAAUGCAAAACAUAUUUUUUAUCUGGCCAUAUAAUAAAAUAAAUAUAUGUAUAAAAUUUAAAUAUCGUUUAUAUGACGAAAAUUGCUUUAAUAAAUGAUUUGUACAUAAAACUUGUGUAAUUACCUACUACUUAGAUAUAAGAAACUAAAACUCAACAAUUGUUAAAAAAUUUGCAAAAUAACCAAUGAAACAUCACAAACUUAUUAAAUCUCUUGUCACAUGACAAUUUAGGACCAAUAUAACCAGAAUCAAUUAGUUUAAUAUGAUUUUAUUUCAUAUGUAGCUUUACAUUUAAACCAAAAAUCUGUUUUAAAUAAAAAAGUAUAAAUAUUUGAAAUUCAUGUGUAAAAAAACAAAAAUCUAUUUAAACUGUAAAUGUUUAUAUAUCAUAAUAAAAACUGAGAUAUGGGAUCAGUAGGUUGAGGGAAAAACUAAGUGAAUGAAUAAAAUUAUAUUUUACAAAACUA